AGCAUUCUGCAGGAAUCAUAUGAGCCAAUAGUAAACUUUGAUAAUCAGUCCAUCUGGAUGUGAUCGCUUACUCAAGUGUCUGCAAUAAGCAGGUUAAAUCAUUGUGAAGACAAGAUGCUGGAAAGCAAGUGAAGACUGAUACACUUAUCCCUCUUCACCACCUCCUGUAUUCUACCAUGAUUACACUCUAAGGAGGACAUUUAGUUAAUAGUCAUCAAUUGUGCUUCUCCUUACCCCUCUAUGAGGAAGUAGCCUAAUAGCCAAGUUGCAAGCUUCUUCUAAGGGCCAUGAGUUUCAUAGGUGACACCUGGAAAAUGAGAUAAUGACCACCUAUCUCCUUUAUCCUGGGCAUUCAGAAAGGGUUUGGACUCUUUUUGACAUUUCUGAAUCAACAACAGAGGAUAACAGCUAUGAUGUGAUGUAUAAGCCACACAAAUAAAUACAAAUGUGGACUGUAGGCCUCCAAAGAAGAAAUGAACUUGCUGAGGAUCUGUGCCAGACACUAGAAAUGUCUGAGAUGUUAAGAGAAACUGGUAACGUCUGAACAUAUCCAACCAAACAGGCAAAAUCGUGCACCAUCACUACCACCACAUUUUACCACAAAGGAAUGCCACUGCACAUGGACUCCAAGCAGAUUAAAAAUAAAAAUAGUUGAUUAGACUUCAGACUGUCCUGAACGGGAUGACGGCUACAGCUACAGUGAAGACACCAAAAAUGGAGAAGAGUGCCUCCAAGGAAGAGAAACAGCAGCCUAAGCAGGACAGCACAGAGCAGGGCAAAGCUGAUUCUGAAGAGUGGAUGAGCUCUGAGAGUGACCCUAAACAAAUGAGCCUUAUGAGUGGUAACCACAAUGAAGACAGCUGUCAACCUGGGGUUUCUCAGUUAAAGAAAGAUGUGAUUUCCUCCAAGUCACACCGCCAGCUCUGUAGAUCACCCUGCCUAGAUUGUCCAAGCUUCUCCCAGAGCAGCAUUUUGCAGUAUGGGACGCUUGACUUGGAAAAGGAAUAUCAAGCCAAGAUGGAUUUUGCUCUAAAGUUGGGCUAUGCAGAGGAACAGAUUCAAUCAGUGCUGAACAAGUUGGGCCCAGAAUCACUUAUUAAUGAUGUAUUGGCAGAACUUGUAAGACUUGGGAACAAAGGUGAUACAGAAGGACAGGUCAACUUGAGUCUGUUAGUGCCUCGGGGGCCCAAUUCCAGAGAGAUUACAAGCCCUGAACUGUCUUUUGAAGGUGAAAUAGAAAAUAUUGACAAUUUGAGGCCUGUUGUCAUUGAUGGAAGUAAUGUAGCAAUGAGCCAUGGGAAUAAAGAAGAGUUCUCCUGCAGAGGAAUCCAACUUGCUGUAGAUUGGUUUCUAGAUAAAGGCCAUAAGGAUAUUACUGUAUUUGUGCCUGCAUGGAGAAAGGAGCAAUCUCGUCCUGAUGCACCAAUUACAGAUCAAGAUAUCCUGCGUAAACUGGAGAAGGAAAAGAUUCUUGUCUUUACACCAUCGCGAAGGGUCCAAGGCAGGAGAGUUGUCUGCUAUGAUGACCGGUUCAUAGUCAAACUGGCUUUUGAUUCUGAUGGCAUCAUUGUAUCCAAUGAUAACUACAGAGACCUUCAAGUUGAAAAGCCAGAAUGGAAGAAGUUUAUAGAGGAGCGGUUGCUGAUGUAUUCUUUUGUGAAUGACAAAUUUAUGCCACCAGAUGAUCCUUUAGGACGCCAUGGCCCAAGUCUUGAAAAUUUCUUAAGAAAAAGACCAAUUGUUCCUGAGCACAAGAAGCAACCAUGCCCUUAUGGCAAAAAAUGCACCUACGGCCACAAGUGCAAAUACUACCACCCGGAGCGGGCCAACCAACCCCAGCGUUCGGUGGCUGAUGAGCUCCGCAUCAGUGCCAAACUGUCCACAGUGAAAACCAUGAGUGAAAGUACCCUGGCAAAAUGUGGCGCAGGGUUGUCUAGUGCCAAAGGUGAGAUAACCUCAGAAGUCAAACGUGUGGCCCCCAAGCGCCAGUCAGAUCCCAGCAUCCGGUCUGUGGCUGUGGAGCCUGAGGAAUGGUUGUCCAUUGCCCGUAAACCUGAGGCCAGCUCUGUCCCCUCACUUGUGACUGCCCUAAGUGUCCCUACAAUCCCACCCCCCAAAAGCCAUGCAGUGGGUGCCCUCAAUACCCGUUCAGCCAGCAGCCCAGUGCCAGGAUCCUCUCAUUUUCCCCACCAGAAGGCCUCGUUGGAGCACAUGGCCAGCAUGCAGUACCCCCCUAUUCUGGUUACCAAUAGCCAUGGCACCCCUAUUAACUAUGCUGAGCAAUACCCAAAGUUUGAGUCCUUGGGAGAUCACAGCUACUAUUCAAUGUUAGGUGACUUCUCCAAACUGAACAUCAACAGCAUGCAUAACCGAGAGUACUACAUGGCUGAAGCAGACAGGGGCAUGUAUGCCCGGAAUCCCAAUCUCUGUCCUGACAGCCAUAUGAGCCAUACCAGGAAUGACAACUAUUCCUCUUAUAACAACCUGUACUUGGCUGUGGCUGAUGCCCAUCCUGAAGGCAGUUUGAAGCUGCAUCGCUCAGCAUCUCAGAACCAUCUUCAGCCUUUUCCUCAUGGUUACCAUGAAGCCUUAACACGAGUGCAGAGCUAUGGCUCAGAGGAUUCUAAGCAAGCCCCCCACAAGCAGUCAGUCCCCCACUUAGUUCUGCAUGCCCAGCACCCAGCAACUGGACCACGCUCCAGCUGUCCUGCAGACUAUCCCAUGCCUCCCAGUAUCCAUCCUGGAGCCACCCCCCAGCAAGGACGUGCCCUGGUGAUGACUCGGAUGGACAGCAUUUCUGACUCCCGCCUCUAUGAGAGCAACCCCAUGAGACAAAGGCGACCUCCUCUGUGCCGGGAACAACAUGCCAGCUGGGACCCACUGCCCUGUGCAACCGACUCAUAUGGCUACCACUCUUAUCCCUUGAGUAACAGCCUCAUGCAACCAUGCUAUGAGCCAGUCAUGGUAAGAAGUGUGCCUGAAAAGAUGGAGCAGCUUUGGAGGAAUCCUUGGGUUGGGAUGUGCAAUGAUUUCAGGGAGCAUAGGAUCCCAGAGCACCAGUAUCAGACCUACAAGAACCUUUGCAAUAUUUUUCCUUCAAACAUUGUCCUUGCAGUAAUGGAGAAGAAUCCACACACAGUAGAUGCCCAGCAACUGGCAGCCUUGAUUGUUUCUAAGCUUCGGGCUGCACACUGACAUGACAUAGGAUACAUCCCUUUAUAUAAAAAUAUGAAUACUAAUAUGAAUAAUCACUAAUACCGUGAUAGUAACUACUAAUUUUGUGUUGCGCUUUACAAGUUAUAUCUUGAAGCGUGUAACAACCCUGUGAGGUAAGUCUUACUAAUGUCUUGUCUCUAGACAAGGAAACUGAAGCUCAGUGAGAUUAAGUGACCUGCCAAGGUCACACUACUAGCAAAUGUCCAAGCCAGAACUCACACCCAAGUCCUCUGAAUCCAAAUCUCAUGCCCUUUUGCCCUGCACCAUGCAGGUAAUGGAGGACAAAACCCAGGAGACGAGGUCUAAGUUUAAGAAACUCCAAGGAAUUCCAUUACCAAUGUUUUCUUAGUCACACAUUCUGUAUUACAAAGUAAUGAUGAUAAAACUAAUUUAGAGAUCAAGAGCAUCAGAAUCAGAUCAUAUGUUGAAUUAACCUUUUGAGAUUUUUCAUAGGAAUAUUUAAAGCUAUUUAAAAGUAAAUGCAUACUUUAUUGCAUGGAUAUCUGACCAUUCAAUACCUUUGCUAACCAAGCUAUAGGGUCACAUUGAAGUUUCUAGAAAUAUAUUUCAAACAUAAGGUUAACAAUUAUAUUGCAUGAAUGACUAUAUAUCUAGUUUGAGAUGUGUGUGUAUUUCUGCAUAACAUUUUACAUAGUGAUGAUAAGACAGGCUUUGCACAGUCCUUAGCCUAACAGCUUACAGAUCACAAAUCUGACUUGAUUUUGUCACAUUUAUAGUUUCAAAAAAUACUUUGAAAGUGAAAUUACAUGCCAAUAUUUGAACAUUGCUUCCUUAGGCACCAGAGCAAAUAGCUCUUUCCUUUGCAUUUUUUACUUGUCAAAAUUUAUUGACAGUUUUUAGCUUUCAAGUCUCUUCACCUCAGCAAAUUAGGGAUCAAAUUGCAGCCACCUUCUGCAGAAGAGCUGUUGGAUAAAAUCAAGUUCCAAGCAUAGUAGGCGUGUGCACGACAAGCGCAGAAAAGUCUGACCAAGACCAAGGGAUUUACUACCAGAGUCUGCUUCUCUUAUCCCAGAAGAAAUGGCCGAACUUAUGUGGCAUUAAAUGAUGAACACAAAAGCUGCACUCAAGGGAGAAUCUAAAGGAUGCUCUUUGGACUUUUGACCUAUGCAGCAUUCAAUAUCACAGGAUGAAAUGUAAUGGAAGACAGUGCAUAGCCAUGUAACACACUUUCUGCAGCUG